GGUUGAACCGCCUCUGAUUGUUACUCUACUAGUUAGAUUUUUGACCAUCAUUGACAACUGAUAACUUUCACUGAUAACUGAUCCUUGUCUGUCACAAAUCCUGCAUUCACUGGUUGUCUGCAUAGCAGGAUUUAUAGGUUGCAGGGGGGGAAACCCAGAAUAAUCAGAUUGUGUUACAUACCUCAGAUAUAAAAGAAUGCUGUAUAACAACAUAUUUGACUGAAAAUACCCUUGAAAUGUUAAGUGUAUUAACAAUUUAGAAUGGGAUUUAGAUGCUUUCCCAUGUGAAUGCUGCUGUGUCUCAACACAAUGCAGUUGUCACGACCCAGGCUGCAGAGCACCAAUAACCAUACACAGAGGCCAGAAUCUAUCUAAUAUCUUUAUUAAGGAGAUAUGUAAAGUCAAUAAAAGUAAAUGUAGAAUAUAGUUCAGAAGAUGACCUUUCAGGAAAGGUCAAAUAUAGUCCAGGAAAACAAUGUCCAAUAUGAAAUAGUAAGGUCCAAAGUUGUAAUCCAAUAACCGAAACACUCACUUUGCCAAGCAAAGUGAGGGGAGAUGACAAGGUCCUUUAAUCCAUGAACUUAAGCAAGGCUAGGAAGUAAACUUGAUUCUUGGAACACAAAGCUUGAUUCAAGGCAACAAGGAACGUGGAGCAAGGACAGGAUCCGUGGUAAAUUCGUGGCGAGGUCCAAAAACAAGGCAAGGUCCGUGGAGCAAGGCAAGGUCCUGGGAAACAAGACAGGGCUGGAAACAGGAGCAAGAACUCGACCGCGGGAGUAGCGUAGUCCACACACAACCUACUCCCGUAGCUGACGAAUUGACUCCGCAAGACUCCUUCGUGGGCAAAACACCUAAGUAGGGUCUCGGUUUCCCGCCAAGAGCAGAUUCUCUGGGGAACCAGAAGCGAAAGCCAUUCUCUGGGUCCAGAUGCAUGACUCCCUAAAGUUUCUCAUGGGAAGCAGGCUAAUCAGCUGAAUGCCUGGCGGCGAUCCUAGCGCUCCUGCGAGAGGCCUCCUGAGCGCCUUUUUGUUGUUUAUAAUAAUCGCGGCGAGAAAAUGGGGGAGAUAUCGGCUCAGGGUUUGUUUGGCAAACUUCUGGAAGGCAAAUCUCCUGCAGGUGCAAGGGUUCCAGUUCUGGCUGAGAAAGUUCCAAUUCUGACUGAAACGGAGGAAAACCUAAGUUUUCCUCCUCAUCUGUCACAACAGUGUUAGGGACGGGACUACAUGGCCCAUGAGUCAUCACAGCAGUGCAGUACGUCUACACUAAGAUCCAGUAGAGGCUCUGACAGAGUAUAAAUCUGGAUGAGCAGUUAUAAUGUAGUCUAGGGUUACAUUGUGGUGGAUCUUCAUUCCUAAGAUCCAUGAAAGCUAAUCCUUUUAUCUGCAGAAACCACGAACUGCGAAUCCAUAUCUUUUCCUCUGGACCCAACAGCCACAGUACUGGCUAACCAAGGAAGAGUUGAGCAAAUUUGACUUGCAUCUCACAGGCAGAGCAUUCAACAUAUUUGCUUCUGGACCAUUACAAAAAAAAGCCACAAUUGAACACGUGGAACUGAAUCAGAUGGAAUACGUGACCACAAAACCUGCAACUUGGAAUUGGCUGGUGCAGUUACCUUCUUUUUUGUCACCUACCUUUUCUCUGUUGUUAUUCCUCCAGUUAUGAUGAAACUACCACAUAAGGGGAGUCCUCCUUAGGGACUCACUCCCCUGCCUCUGUUUGGGAAUGUCCUACAGAUUACAUAAUCAGAAACCAUAAACUCUCUCCUCAAGGUGAGUGAGUGUCCCUUAGAAACACGAAGGACACUUCAGAGAUAGCACUAUAUCUAAGGAGACCAUCAAGAUUCACUGAGGCAAUGGACUGUCUUUUUAUUUCACCUUCAUCUCCAUUCCUUCUCUUCUUGCACAGACUUUUGUGCAUUCAUCUUUUUUCUUGGAAUGAAUCCAACUUAGCAAUAGAUAUUUUUGCACACAUUAGUCCAACUUAAAAAUAUUUCCCUUCUUUUAGUUUAGACUUCAAACAUGUAUUAUUUAUUAUCACCUUUGUAUAUUUUGGGAAAUUUAGAUGAGUUUAACAGUACUUCCAUACAUUCUACCAGGUUUUCCAGAACCAAGAUUACAUCAUAUGCAUAUGCUUUCAGUUUGAAUGUUUGUUUCUUUACCUUAAUAUUAUUUUAUUUCAGGUGGCUCUCAGUGGUAUUUCUGCUGUCAGAAUAAACAUAAGGAGGGAAGUGAUUAUUUUCCAUUUGUAAUAGGGUAUAAUGGAGAAUUUGUAAUAGGCUGUUUUGAUACCAUCUGGUCUGGGUGCUUUGCCAACUUUUGCUCUUGUUAUUGCAUUAGAGAUUCUAAGGUAUCCUCACAUAUAAGAUGAGGGUAGGUGUACUACUAUAUGUAUAUACACACAGCAUGUAUGUGUGUUUAUUUACAUAUAGCAUUAACUCUUACAAAACAAAAGGAUACGUCCUGUUCUCUGAGGCAAGAGCCUUGUCUGAAACUGAAAGAAGCACCGGCUUCCUCAAAUCUUUCAGUGCUUCUUUGAGAGGAGCCACCAAAGAAUCUUCAUUGCCAUUUUCCUUCCCAGGCAUUCAAAGACUCCAGAAACUGUACUGAAGCAAAGUAAAAUAUUACAAUGUAAAAAUGGGACAAUGAAAUCAAUGCACAUUUUAUUUUGGGAAUUUGCAAAAAAAAAUUGCAAAACAAACUGUGGCUUUCACCAAGUGUACAGGUUUUAUUGUGUUAAUAACAACAAAAGAUUGAAGGAAGCUUCUGAGUACUUUUUAAAUUCCUGCAAAUAUUAUCAUAUGGUCAGGAACUCCAAAUUUGAACCUUGGGUAGGAAACCUUUUAAAUCCCACAGAGGCAGACUUUGCUAUUACAGGUCUCCUUGUUUUUUGUCUGAGGUUUAUCAUCCCAUGAAAAUUACAAAGUGCUCUAAACAAAUGGAAAAACAGCCAUUUUUAAAAGGUCAAAAAUCAGCCAACAUUGCAUUUGCUGUGCAGGCAAAACCAAGAUUUACUUUUUGAAGUUUUUGUCCCCAAAUAUUUUUGAGGCAUGGUUGGUCGAAUCCACGGAUGCAGAACUUGUGGCUAUGGAGGACCAACUGUAUAUAGUAAGUGCCACUUACUUAUAAUGGCACUGUAUAUAGUAAGUAAGUAAAAGUAAAGGUUUUCCCCUGACGUUAAGUCCAGUCGUGACUGACUCUGGGGAUUGGUGCUCAUCUCCAGUUCUAAGCCGAAGAGCCGGCAUUGUCCGUAGACACUUCCAAGUCAUGUGGCCAGCAUGACUGCAUGGAGCGCUGUUACCUUCUCACUGGAGCGGUACCUAUUGAUCUACUCACAUUUGCAUGUUUGCAAACUGCUUGGUUGGCAGGAGCUGGGGCUAACAGCGGGUGCUCAUUCCUGGCACCUUUUGGUCCGCAAGUUCAGCAGCUCAGCGCUUUAACGCACUGUGCCACCAGGGCCCCCCUUUACAGCUAAUAAAAAUUGGUAAUUUAUCUAAGACAUCUUAGAAUGUCUGCUACAGUGCAAACAUUAAAACACAUAUGCCUUCUGGAAAAAAAAUAUAUCCAUAACACUGAUUUACCAGGGAAGAAACUAUUACAGAACCAUAGAGUUGAAAGAGAGCAGAAGGGCAAUCCGUUUCUUGUCCAGUCCCAUGGCAUGAAGCAAUAAACAAAUAUUUUCCCCUUCUUCCACAGACUAAUGGUCAAUAUGGUUGGUUCAAGUCUGCUCUUACCGUUGACUUGUGAGAGUGAAACUGCAACUGCCACGAUUCUCUGGGAGAGAGCACAGAGGCUCCUUCAAUGGCCACAUCGCACACAGUGCUGCCGGGAAAGCAAGAUCCCAUUUACCUCAAGUGGGCACUUGGGGGAGGCGGGCUUUUGGAAGGGAGGCUUCCGGGGAAGAAAGAAGAAGAGGAGCCGCAGCUAGCCUGAUUUGUGAGGCUGCCCACACUCAGGCAGAGUGCUGCACAUCCCCAUUGGUCCCCAUUAGCCCCCAAUUAGCCAAAAAGAUCCAGCUGCUGUGAUCCAUAUCACCUAAGGCUUUCGCUGCCCCCCACCAAGCUUGUUUUCAGGGAUUUGGCAGCCAAAUCCCUUGAAUCCAGUACACCAAAACGAUAUCGUAAACACCCCUAGCUGGAUGCACUUUAGCUCUACAUUGAAAUAUUCAGUUCUCAACACCACAUUCCACUUGAAAAUCAAUAACAAAUUUCUAGAGGUCACAGGUUCUAUGUGAUACAACUAAGAAAAAAACUUUUCUUAAAAUUUUAGAAGAAAGGUUAACAGAUCCCAUAUUAGGUGCAUUUACACAGCAGAAUUAAUGCAGUUUGACAUCGAUCAACUGUUUUGCAAUCUUUACAUAGAACACCUAAAUGGAUUGCGAGUGGAUGAAAAAUACUGUGCGUUACUCUGUUCUGGAAUUGCAUUUUGUCAUUCUGAGCUCCUAACCCUUUCCUUUCCCAGAGGAUGAUAGUCUACCCAUUGCUGAGCAGUGUCUUGCAUGACCCUACAAUGUUUAAAUACCCCAAUGCUUUCAACCCAGAGAACUUCUUGGAUGAGCAUGGAUGCUUCAAGAUGAAUGAUGCCUUUGUGGCUUUUUCCUCAGGUAGAAAUCUCCUAAAAACAGGGAGGAGAAGGAUCAUAUUCAGUUUUAUUAGUUAAUUUACUUGAUAUCCCAUGCUUGCUUUUGGAGCUUUCUACUGUGGUCUUAUUGUCUCACAGCAAACAUUCUACAUUAUGUAGGGGUUAAGAGCUUUGUCAUGUACUCUCUGGAUUUCAUUUCAUAAUCGUAUAGCCUUUCUUUCCCAUUUCUUUCCCAUUUCUUCCUCUUCCAUGGGCAAGCAUUCUUCAUAGACUGCAUGCAUAGACUUCAUGCAGAGGGAAGAAAAUUGCUAAAAUCUCUCAUGGAUCCCUGCAAACCCAAAAUGCGUGAAGAAUUGCAUCUUUAUUUUCAAGUUACUCUAGGGAUCAAACUAUUUUCAGUCUCCCACUGAAAUAGAUGUUUAAAAAGGGUGCCUUAACUCAGCUUCAUUGAAAGGGUGUUGAGCAGAAACAAUGCCAGAAAACCAGGUGUUAUUAAAGGAUAUAAGGAGAAAGGAUCCCAGAAAGAGGAAAAGAUCCCAGGCUGAAGGAGAAAGGGAGGGACCCGGGGUCAACGUGGGAUGAUGAAGAACUGAUAAUAGGGUGGGAUGUUGGCAAAGCCACUCUCUUGAAAAGUGAGGUCAAUAUCUUUGGGGGGCACAAGGGACUUCAAUUGAAAAUUCUGCAGGAUGGUGGUAAAGAAGAGGAAAAGCUCCAUGCGGGCCAAGGAUUCACCCAGACAGCUCUGUUUCCCUGAAAGAAACAGAAUUUAUUGGGAAAUAAAGACACACAUCCGGCUAUCUAAGAUACAACCAAAAUAGUAAUUUCACACACCCUUGCAUUGCCCAUAGCAUUUCUGGCUUUGUGUGGUGUUUCCCCUUCAAUCUCAUUGUCUUAAAAGAUUUCUCUCAUAUCCAACUUGCUAGUGGUUUGUGGUUGGUCUCAAUAAUUUGGAAUAACCAUUUCAGCCACCUCGCUAUGGGUUUGUGGAUGGCCCCAUUGCUCAUUUGGGGAAAUCUGAGUCUGGUGUCUCUUAAUCCAAGGAUAGUUUUACUAGGUUUAAAAAUAUUUCUUUGAAGUUACAUUCUUACUGAUAAAACUUUCUGAUGCUGAUUUACUAAGUACAGCAGAUAAGCCCCAGGAUCAACCAUGUUCCUGCUGCUCAUCAAAACCAACACUGGUGUGCACCCUUACUAGCAGCCCUAUUUACAAAGAUAAACUUCACUAGCAAAAUGCUGGCUAGCUGGAAACAAGCCAUUGUGGCACCAAUUUACAAGAAACGUCCUACUAGCAACCCUGGGAACUAUAGACUAAUCAAUUUGCUCUCAAUCAUGGGAAAACUCUACACACAAUUUUUCUGCAAGAGACUUUCUUUCUUUCUGGUGUCAAACAACACAAUUACUGAUGCACAAGCAACUUUUACAAAGAACUAUUCAGCUACUGACUACUGUUUAGUGCUCUCCCAUCUUGCUGAGAAACCUGUCACACUCCUACAACGCAGGCUGUUUGUGGCCUUUAUGGACCUGAAAUCAGCAUUUCAUUCCAUCUCAAGGAACAAACUAUGGGGAAGGCUGAAUAAGACACUGAAAGACAAAAGACUUCUAAGCUUUAUCAAGGCCCUUUACAGGGACAGCAAACUUCAGAUGUAGCAACUUGAGCCAACUUGCUGGUGAAAUAUCUAUGUCCAGAGGGAUAUGUCAAGGAUGCAUCCUUGCCCUCACCCUAUUCAACAUAUUCAUAAAUGACAUAGAGGAUUCCCUUUUGGACCCCAAUGGACAUUUGCUCAAGCUUUUCACUAGAAGAAUCCCCUUCUCUCUUUAUGCAGAUGCUGCCACCAUCAUCUCAUGCUCUAGGGCAGGUCUAAAUUACUUACUAAGGAAAUUCCUGAAUUACUGUUCCCAGAACAACCUAAACUCAACUACGUGAAACCUACAGUUCUGGUAUUUGAAAAAAAUUCCCAUGCCGUUGGUCUUUUGAUGGGCAUAUUCUGAAACAGGUCAGAAGUUUCCCAAUAUCUGGGGUUUUUUUCUCCACAGACUGCCCUGGUCCACUCAUAUUGCUUCUAUUAUCCUCAAAGCUCAAGUAAAUAGUUCAGCUAUUUUGUGUUUUACUGCUACUAAAGAGGGGGUGGGGGCGGGCGUUCAUACCUUCAGCAACUAAAGUAUUUAAUGCUAAGAUAUCUUCCCAGCUGCAGUAUGCUUCCAGCAUCUGGUUGGGUGUUUUAACAGCAAAAAUAGCCCAACACCAAACACAGUUUUUGAGGGCCCCUUUUCAGCUCCCCAAAUGUGUACCAUCCUGCGUCUUAUUACUUGAAUCCAGGGAAGCACUCCUGUUCUGCCACACGCUGGGCCUGUAGCUAUUGUCUUUGUAUAGGACGUAUACUUUAUGCCCAGCGGGAAGCCAGGGCGCCUCAAAGAGAGGUUCUUGAGGAUUUUCCUGAAAAGGAUAGUCCUUUGAGUCUUUAGUGAGAUAACAAAGUCUUUAUUAUUGAACAAAUAAUAAAUCUUCAAGGAGUCAAAUAACACUUCAAGGUUUCCUUAAUAAACUGAUGGCCUUUUCAGUCUUGUCCCCAGGGGACAGACAAUUGGCUUUGGAUAACUGUGCUUUCUCUAUAAGGAGAAAAACCCCUUAUAACCUCUCCCAGGCUGUCUAUUAUAUGGGCCUAGCUGAUGUGGGACCUACUACCGAUUCCAAAUGUGUCUUGGUAUCGAGUGGACCUACCAACCAAGGCUUGCAGAUGUUUCAGCUGGGAUUGCGUGGAUCUUUCUUUGGAAACUUUAAAGCUUAAAGUUUCCCUCAGGAGCUGUGAGACUGAGGGGCUGUGAGCUCUUAGCCAGAACCUCUGGAAUUUCUGAUUCCUCAGAUGUUCUAUAUCCCCGGAUGUUCUAUAUCCCCAGAUGUUCUUGAGAUAUGAAGCUUUUCUUCGGGACGAGCUGGUCUACGUCCUAUAGCUUAGCUUCCUUAAGUGAGACUGGCUUAAAAAUGGCUCCUUCCCUCCCAGAGCCCUGAACAAGGGGCGGAACCAAACUUAAUGAUGAUGGACAGGCGGCCUGCCCUAUAACUGCAAACAUUAGCAGAAAGAAAAUAAAGUUGGAGCUUCUGGUACAGCCGUACCAGCACAACCCCUGUCAAUAAGAGCCUGGUGGUGGGCAUUUAAAUACCGGCUGAAGAUCAGAGAUUUUAGUUUAGGAUCUGGUUUGAUUCACCACUUAGCUCAGGAUGAGUACAUAAGCAGUUGAUUUAAGAUCAAUUCUAAGAAAUUGAGAAGUUUCUUUUAAAACAUAAAGCAUCAAACAUAGAUCAUAAAACAUAACACGACAUACGGCAGGGGAACAGGGAAGGAAGGGCAGGGGGAGGGAAAGUGUGUCUGGGUUAGAAAUUGUGAGAGGGGAUAUACACUAGUAUUUUUAUACAUAAAUCCUAUCUUUUUGGGGGUUAGGUACCAUGUAUGCAUUACUUUCAGCCAGUUUUCUUUCAUGUCCAUGGAAUAAGUGUAUUUAAUUUUUUUCCUCCAAAUCGAUUCCCACUCAUGUAGGUAGAUCGGACGGCCGAUAUUCUUUGCCCAUUGGAGCAUUGCAUUGGUUAUUCCCUCUGCUUCUAAUUCCCACUAAUAGUUUUUUGUAUAUUAUAUAGUAUUCUUAUUCAACUGGCAAACUCUUUCCCAGAAGCCCUGCUCUGUUUCAAAGCCUUCAGAUUUAUCAUUUCUGUACAUAUCUUUGAUUUGGAGAUUUUAAGCGGUUUUUAACUGUUGUAAAUUUAACUGUUAAAUUUAACAUUUAACUGUUGUAAAUUUUAACUGUCGUAAAUUUUAUCAAUUUGUGUGUUUAAUCAACUGGAUGUUGUUAAUCUCAUUAACCUGCAUACCUUGUACACCUAUGAUGCAAUAAGGGUCUUUGGACCAUAAUAAAAUGUUGUUGUUGUUGGUGAAGUAUAGCAUUCCCCAAGUUACAAACAUCCCAGUUACAUAUAACUCCUAGUUACAAGUGGAAGGUUCACUCCUGUGAGAGUUAUUAUGGGGAAAAGAUGUCUCCAUUGAAUUUUUAUCACCAAUCCUUGUUUUCAUGACAACACAAACAUUUCAUAAUCCAAUUGUCACAGGGAUAGAAAACAAAGUGAAAACAGCAUUAGAGUUUCCAGGCUACUGGAAUAUUCGGAUGUUGUUUUUGUAUUUCUGUGGCUGCCAUAUAAUACAAUUUGGAACUGCAUUGUACGAUCAGUAUAGACCUUAUGAUACCAUUUAAUUGCAUUGAAAUGCAGGUUUUGAUAUGCCAGCAGCAGCAGCAAUGACAACAACAGCAACGAUGACAACAACAACAGAUUGAAGGAACCUCCUGCAUGCUCUUUUAAUUCCUACAAAUGUUCCCAAAUAGUCAGUAACUCCAGUCCUGUUUGGGAAAUUGUUGAAAAUCCAUUUCAGCCUCAUAGUCAGACUUUGCCAUUCAGUGUCUCCUUGUUCUUGUUUGAGGUUUCAUCAUCCUAUGAAAAUCAUGAUGGUAAUUGGUAAGCAUCACUGUUUUUGAAGAGGUCUAAAAUCAGGUGAUUGUUCUUAAAGGAUCUAGAUGUUCACCUCCUUUUGGAUGGCAUGGGAUACUGUUCAGCCUCAGCCUCAAAUCACUUCUACAUUAUGAAUUGCGAUUUGUUUGGGGUACCAUGCUGCUCAUAUAAAGUAUCAGCCCCAUGCUUGGUAUUCAUUUGUUAUGGGGGUGACUGCUAUGUGAGAACUUACUUUUGCUGGGAAACAUUAUCCUUGGAUAUUGACCUUGAAAGCCACCUUUGGUCUUACUCAAGGAAAAGGGGUUAUAUAAAAUAAGUAUUAAAAUACAUCUUGUACCACAUUGGUAGGAUAUUUCUUUUACAAUUUCCUGACAAAUUCCUUUUACAAUUUCUUAUGAACCUUGCUUGCAUUUUGUCUAGGUUUACAGUUGAAGUUUUACACCAUAUGGCUUCAUCAAAGAGGGGUUUAGAGGUUAUUUUGGAGUUGAAGAUGUUUUAGUGCCGGUGGGGGCGGCAUAUUGUUUUCCUUGGUGUAAUAAAACCUUAUUAUAGCUGCUUGGCGGGCCUUUGCCAUUUGAAUCACUGUUUCAGGACAAGAUGCUGAGGAAGGUAAGGCCCAAAUACUGAAAGCUUCUGGUGCUACCUCAUUGUCAAAAUAGUUAGACCCCAGCUACUCUUAUUGUUGACUUGUGCUUCAAGUCUGUGCAGUUGUGUAAUGCAGAAGGCAGUGCUCAAACAGCCCUAAUAAAAGACUGUAGAGCUCCAGCCAGGUCUCCACACUGCUGAAAGAGAAGAGCAGUUGACAGUGAUAACCCAUGCCAUGGAGUGGGUUGGUACAAUCGUCCUUCUCCUUGUUGUAUAUUUUUCUUGGCGUCUGCUCAUAUCAUCUAAGAGGAAACUAUGGCACAAGGGGAGACUUCCUCCAGGACCCACUCCUCUGCCCCUGAUUGGGAAUUUCCUGCAGAUCAAGGCAUCCCAGACCUUAAAAUCUCUUCUCAAGGACACUUUACAAAAUGUCAGGAUUGUGACAGGUAUGAAUGGAUAUUUUCCCCAACAGCUGAGUGAAAAAUAUGGUCCUGUUUUCACUGUCUAUUUUGGAUCACAUCCGGUUCUGGUCUUAUGUGGACACCAAGCUAUGAAGGAGGCCCUGAUAGACAAGGCAGAAGAGUUCAGUGGAAGGACUACCCUGCCUGUACUCGAGCAGACCUUCCAAGGAUAUGGAGUGAUCUUUUCCAACGGAGAAUGCUGGAAGCAAAUGCGUCGCUUCUCCCUCAGCAUCUUGAGGGGUUUUGGAAUGGGGAAAAAGUCUAUUGAGGAACGAAUCCAAGAGGAGGCCCAAUUCCUGUUGGAGGAAUUUCGCAAGAUGAAGGAAAAGCCUUUUGAUCCAACAUACCGCUUCAGCUGUGCAUUGUCAAAUAUCAUUUGCUCCAUUGUUUUUGGGGACCGCUUUGACUAUGAGGACAAGGAAUUCCAGGCUCUCAUGGAGAUGUUAUGCAACACCUUCCGGGAGAUUAGCACAGCCCGGUCCCAGUUCUACAACAUAUAUGUCAGCUUCCUGAAAUACUUUCCAGGACCCCAAACCAAGGUCUAUGACUUGAUGCUAGGCAUGAGGGUCUUCAUUUGCAAGAGAAUCAAGGAGAACCAAGAGACCCUCGAUCCCAACUUUCCACGUGACUUUAUUGACUGCUUCCUCAUACAGAUGGAAAAGGAAAAAGACAAUCCAAGCAGUGAAUUUCAUAUCAAGAACUUGGAGAUGACCACACUUAAUCUGUUCUUUGCUGGAACAGAGUCAACUAGUUCGACCCUGCGAUAUGGGUGCCUGCUUCUCAUGAAGUAUCCUGAGGUGCAAGUAAAAGUGCAUGAGGAAAUUGAUCGAGUGAUUGGCCGUAACCGUGUCCCCAACUCUGAAGACCGGAAGCAGAUGCCGUAUACGGAUGCCGUCAUCCAUGAAGUACAGAGAUGGAGUGAUCUCAUUCCUAUGGGUGUGGCCCGCAUGGUGAUUCGUGACACUGAAUUCAGAGGAUACCUCCUCCCUAAGGGGAUGGAGGUCUACCCUGUGCUCAGUAGUGCCUUGCAUGACCCCACAAUGUUUAAAAGCCCCAAUGCUUUCAACCCAGAGAACUUCUUGGAUGAGAAUGGAUGCUUCAAGAAGAAUGAGGCCUUUGUGCCAUUUUCUUUAGGGAAACGAAUCUGUCUGGGAGAAGCACUGGCCUUCAUGGAGCUUUUCCUUUUCUUCACCACCAUCCUGCAGAAUUUCCAACUGAAGCCCCUUGUUCCUCCACAGGACCUUGACAUAAACCCCCUUGAGAGUGGCUUUGCCAACAUCCCACCCUUCUACCAGCUCUCUGCUAUCCCACGCUGACCCCAAGCCCCCUUUCUCCUUCAGCUUGGGAUUCUUGUAUAAGCUGCAUUCACUGACUCCACUGGGAGGAGGAAGGGCAAUAAUAUUAUGUUCUUUGGCUCCCACGCACUGGAAUGAUUUUUUUAAAAAAGAAUAAUAGAUGGCACCCAUAUCUCACCCUCUGAUUAGGGCUUGCUGUACUGGACUCAUAUUGAAAUCUUAGCAGGGUAACAGGGUUGCUUGUGACUCAUUCCACCAUUUCCUAUCUGCUUAAAAAUUACAAGGGGAUGAUGCUUUUUAUGUAUGUAUCUCUAGAACUGUUGUUUAUAAAGUGUUUUGGAUGCCUUCAGACUAUCGAAUGUAUAACCACUUUAAUUCCAUAACUACAUACUACAAAUGAUCUCUUUAUGGAUUCAUCUGUCCACAGAUUGAAAAUAUUUUUAAAAAAAUAAAAAGCAAAUCUUGAUCCUUCUAUUUGAUAUAAGGGACAUCAUUUUAGAAUAAUCAUCAUUUAGAAUAAUAGAUGGCACCCAUAUCUCACCCUCUGAUUAGGGCUUGCUGUACUGGACUCAUAUUGAAAUCUUAGCAGGGUAACAGGGUUGCUUGUGACUCAUUCCACCAUUUCCUAUCUGCUUAAAAAUUACAAGGGGAUGAUGCUUUUUAUGUAUGUAUCUCUAGAACUGUUGUUUAUAAAGUGUUUUGGAUGCCUUCAGACUAUCGAAUGUAUAACCACUUUAAUUCCAUAACUACAUACUACAAAUGAUCUCUUUAUGGAUUCAUCUGUCCACAGAUUGAAAAUAUUAAAAAAAAAAUAAAAAGCAAAUCUUGAUCCUUC